AUGGACGUCUUCGCCAGGGCGGUAGUUGGUGAGGGAGAUGGCGCCUUUGGACCGACGCUCGAUGGCUUAUUCGACUUUUCCCUGUCAUUUGAGCACUCUAUCCUAUCCAUCCUGCCAACGUCCGUUUUCAUCGUCCUAACGCCAGUUCACGUAAAUCAUCUAUGGCGCCGUCAGCCAUGCGUCAAACCGGGAGUCUUGUUGUGGCUCAAGAUGCUCAGCACCCUGCUCCUGCUUUCCUGUCAGGUUGCCAGCCUUGCUCUUUGGGCCGUCUCUUCGGUUCCUCGACAUGAUUUGGCCGUCGCCUCUGCCGCAAUCGCCUGUCUUGGCUCCAUAUGCAUCUUCUUUCUACUAUAUGCCGAGCACAUUUAUUCCUAUCGACCCUCGACGUUGCUUAGCCUCUAUUUGACCCUCAUGAUCUUGUUCGACAUUGCCAAGACUAGAUCCUACUUCCUUCGCGCCGAUAUUGAUGCGCUUGCUGGACUCUCUGUCGCCGUCGUCGUCCUUGAACUUGCCCUGCUACUUUUUCAAGAAGUGCCCAAGCGCCGCCUCAUCACCAACCGAUCUUCGCAACCACGACUCAGUGGCGAGGCUCUCAGCGGCUUUUGGGGGCGAGCUCUUUUCCUGUGGGUCAACUCAACCCUCAAGCUGGGUUUCCGCUCCAUUCUGCGUGUCGAGGACCUCCGGGAUCUUGGUCCUGAAUUCAGCUCUGAGCGUCUUUACGCCGACUUUGAGCCCCAUUGGCAAGCCGCGAGCACAACCUCGAAUCACUCCCUUACUCAUGCCCUCCUUCGGACCCUCUACCCCGAGUUUCUACGCGUCGUCGUUCCUCGUCUUUGCUUUCUCGGCUUCACCUUUGCCCAGCCUUGGCUUAUCAUGUCCAUCAUUCACGCCGUCGUCGAUGGCAACCCGGGUUCCGAAGUCUCUGGCGGCCUCGUUGGCGCCACCGCGUUGAUCUACAUUGGUAUCGCUAUAAGCAGAGGAUACUACAAGCAUCACGCCUAUCGCUCUGCCACCUUGACCCGCGGCAUACUCGUCACCGCCAUCCUACACAAGGCGCUCAAGCUCACUCACACUCAACUCAAAAAAUCGGCUGCGUUGACCCUCAUGACUGCCGAUAUCGAAACCUUGACCUUCACCAUUACAACCUUUCAUGACCUAUGGGCAAGCGCUUUCGAGCUUGCUCUUGCAAUCUUUAUGCUGGCAAAGAUUAUCGGUGGCGCAUGCUUCUUUGUCCUCAUUCCUGCUGUGCUCUCCGCCAUGGUGUCAUCCUACUACACGAAGAGGCUUGGAGUCGCGCGAAAGACUUGGAACGAGAAGAUUGAAAAGAGAGUCGGCGAAACUAAAGAUGUCAUUACUCAGCUCAAGGCUAUCAAGAUGAGCGGCCUGGCGCCAUUCUAUGCCAACCACAUUGAGGAUCUUCGUGAAGAUGAGAUCAAGACUUCGCUGCCCGAGCGCAGUGUUCGCGUCGGCCUACUCUCUGUCGGUGCCUUGUCCGAUGCCAUCACUCCAGUCGUCGUUGUAGCUGGAGCGCUUUUCUGGACUAGAGAGACGGAGAAACUCACCACUGCCCAGUUUUUUACCGUUCUAUCGGUUGUUGCUGUCGUCGUCGGCCCAAUGACGCACCUCCUUACAUACCUGCCCUUUGCUAUUGGUGGCUACGCCGGAUUGACUCGUAUUCAGGCAUUCCUCCGCUUGGAAGAGCGUUUCGACAGCCGCCAAAGCGGAAACGGUCCGGUUGAAGGCGCGCCUAUUGAUAUGAUGAUGAUUCAAGCCGAGACUCUCAGAAAAGCCCGCGAGUCGGCCGAAAAAGGGCCCAGUCCUUUCGCCAUUGAGCUCGUCCAUGUGACCAUUAACCGAUUGGAGAAUGCCGCAAUCCCUCUCCUGGACAACAUCAGCCUUCAAUUCCGUACGGGCCAAAUCUCCAUGAUUGUUGGACCUGUGGGUGCCGGUAAAUCAACUCUGUGUAGGGCUAUCCUGGGCGAGCAGAAGCUUGAUCGCGGCUUCGUUCUCAUGGGCGGUAUACAGGUUGCAUACUGUGAUCAGUCACCGUGGCUUCAGAAUAUGUGCAUCCGCGACUCUGUCAUUGCCCAUUGCGAGUACGUUUUGCCCUGGUACAGAUCUGUCAUCUGGGCUUGUGCUCUGGAAGAGGAUUUGGAGCAGCUGCCAGACGGAGACAAGACAAUGGUUGGUAGCGGCGGUGGACUCAUCAGUGGCGGUCAGAAACAGCGCGUUGCAUUGGCAAGGGCCGUUUAUUCCCGCGCAUCCGUCAUUGUCCUCGAUGACGUUCUCAGCGCCUUGGAUUCCGAAACCGCCGAAAUCAUUCUUACCCGCCUACUCGGCGAUGACGGCCUUCUCAUUCAGACGGGCACGACUGUCAUCAUGACCACCAAUAUUCGCGAGCAUCUUCCUCUCGCGCACACCGUAUACGCUCUGGACGGAAAGGGCAAUGUCAAAGAGACGGUCAAUAACUCGCCCGAGCUCAUUCGAAAAGAGUACUUGGUCAGUAGCUCCGAGAAAGAAGCCUCCAAAGAAGUCGAGCCGUUCGUGCCCAAAGCGGCGGCAGAUCCUUCCAAGGAUCAGGCACAUCAGCGUCAACGUGGAGAUUUCUCACUGUACAUGUACUAUUUCCGCUCCAGUGGUAUUCCUAUGAUAAUUCUCUGGAUUCUUUCCAUUUCGUUUGCUGCUGUAAUCAGAGCCCUGCCUCAAAUUUAUGCCAGCUUAUGGAUGGAUCAAGACCCGUACAACAUGAAGUGGUUUUACGGCUAUGCUGCUUUGGCCAUUGGCACUGGCAUUACACUAGCGGUCAGCUUGUUCUUUUACUAUUUCAAGGUGGUGCCUAAAUCAUCGCGCGUCUUACACAAUCAACUUCUCAAGACCACGAUGAAGGCCCAGCUGCCUUUUAUCACAAAGACCGAAAGCGGUGCUCUUGUCAGCAAAUUCUCUCAGGAUAUCGGGUUUUUGUCACAACAGCUUCCCCAGUAUUUUCUAGAGUUUACCUACACGGCGGUUGCCUGCCUUGUAAGCAUUGGGGUCAUUAUGUCUGGAGCAAGCUAUGCCGCAAUCGCAGUACCCGCGCUGCUCAUUUUUCUUUGGCAAAUGCAGAGGUUUUACUUGCGCACCUCUCGACAAAUUCGUCAUAUGGAUCUUGAGGCCAAGUCGCCGCUGUAUACACUUUUUCAGGAUGUCGGCGACGGCAUUAUGCAUAUUCGCGCGUUCCAGUGGGAGUCGGACAUUAAGUGGCAGGGCUACGGCCUGCUCGACUACUCGCAGCGUCCCUACUACCACAUGUACGCCAUUCAGCGCUGGCUUGCUCUCGUCAUGGACUUGACCGUGGCCGGCAUAGCCAUGCUCCUAGUUGGUCUCGCCGUCAACCUUCCAGGCAAAACCAGCGGAGGUGCUAUUGGUCUAUCUCUGGUUACGCUCGUAAACUUGAGCGAGAGUAUGUCGUUUCUCGUGCAAGAUUGGUCGAAUCUGGAAACCUCGCUUGGUGCCAUGGCGCGUGUACGAGAAUUCAACAACACGACACCACUCGAGCCCGAGCCUGUUAACAACACGGGCGAGAAGCUGCCAGAAAACUGGCCGUCGCUGGGUCGUAUUGACAUCACCGGUGUCACAGCCAAGUACGAUCCGCUGGACAUGUCUGCUCGCCCUGUACUGAAAGACAUGUCGCUCAUUGUUCACCCACGCGAAAAGGUCGCAAUCAUCGGACGUACAGGCAGUGGCAAGUCGUCGCUUCUCCUUGCUAUCCUCAGCUUCCUGGAUUACAGCGGCACUAUCCAGAUCGAUGGACGUGACGUGCGGAAUAUCUCGCCGGAUCUGCUACGUUCCCGGAUCGUCACUGUAUCGCAGGAUGACGUGGAGCUUGCGGCCUCGAUACGCGUGAACCUGAAUCCCUUCGAGCUGCGAAACGCUGACGAUCACAUCAGCGACGAUGUGAUGAUUGACUACCUGACGCGAGUGAAGCUUUGGCCGCUAAUACAGGCGCACGGCGGGCUUGAUACGCAGCUGCGUGACCUCGAGUUCUCCAAGGGCCAGAAGCAGUUACUGUGCAUUGCGCGCGCGAUGCUACGUCGCCAGCAGACGUCGGCUCAUCUGAUUUUGGUGGACGAGGCCACGAGCAACGUGGAUGAGGAGACGGACGAGGAAAUUCAGAGGGAGAUUGCGGCGGCAUUUGCAAACUGUACGGUGCUGACGGUGACGCACAGGAUGAGCGCGGUGCACCACGCCGAUGUCAUUGUAGAGAUGGAGAAUGGAAAUUUGAAUAGGGUCAUAACACGUCGUGCGCCGCGCGAUGAUGAGGCGUUUUAA